AUGAAUGAUAGAGAAACCACCAACACCCACCACGACUCGAACCGACAUUCGGAACAAGAAGCCAUUAUCGCAACAUCCAAAACAACAACAACAGUUUCGAGUCAUGACGAUGUAGCAGCUACUUUCUCACGUGAAAGCACCAACCAACUCAAGGAUGAUGGUGAUCCACAACAAUUAUCAUUAUUGAACAUUUCUGCCAUUGAACCACUCUCUGCUUUGAAUCGUUUUGAUGAUGAUGAUGAGGAGCUCCUACUAGAGGAAGCAUCCAAUAUUUUGAUUCUAGAAACUGCUACUACUACUACUACUCCUUCUACUACUGAAAAGGUUGAUAAUCACCUUCCCAGACAUCAUCAUCAUGAAGUGAUUGAUGAAAAUAACUGUAAUAUCAACAAUAUCAACAACAAUAACAACAUUGAAGAUUUAAAUCUCUCCGCAAUUGAACCAAUAGUAGAUCCCGAACAACAACCUCCUCAUCCUCUUCAACCUCCUCUCGAUACAAACAAUGACCUCAAUGCCUCAUUCCUCAACAAUGAAAGUAUUUGUGUGGUUGUGCAUUCCUCUCAUCCCUUUGAGAAUGUAACCCUUAAGAAACGUAGACAUACCAAACGAAGGGCAAAAGCUUUCAAUCAAGGUGUGGAUAUGUCCAUUCUCGAUGAAACAUUGGUCAUGAAAACCAUCAUGGAGACUUCGGCUACUACUCAUCAGGACAAGAUGAAUCCCAAAAUUGGUUUCUCCUCUUCUUUAUCCUCCUCGAAUAAUACUUGCAUGAAGAAUGAUCGUCCUGAACUCUUGAAAGAAGAUUUGGGAGAAACUUCACCGAUCAAGAAGAAGCCAAUCACGAGUGUGGAUACAACAUCUUCUUCAUUGCAUGAUCAUGUUGGACAUGGACGAAAAAGUUCUUUUGGACGAUCUUCUGCUUUGAUUGAGAAAGAUGCACCCAUCUUGGAGCGCCUCUAUGACUCGGAUGACGAUGAUCUUAAGGAAACUAUUGAGAAGUUGUCACCUGUUGUGGAGUCUUCUUCUUCUCCAACUUGGUCAUCUUCACCCUCGUCGUCACCAUCAUCGUCAGAUGCUGUCUAUUCGGAAAGCUCGAAUGAAAGUGUCUGCUAUCCAUCAUUUAGGAAUACAACUAGAACACGAGCUCCAUCCUCCUCCUCGAGAAGAAUUUACAAAUUACGACAUAAAGCAGAUUCUGAGGAAGUGUUUUCGAGCAGUAGUAGUAGUGGUCAAGAGUCAACCGACACUGACACUCAAAAGUCGUCAGACGACAAUGAAGAAGCAAUCAAGGGAUUUUUCUCAGAUUUUAGAUUCAUCAUUGCAGAAUUAAAUGAUGCGAAGGACAAUGUUCUCACGACCAUUAAGGAGAAUGGUGGAAAACUUGUCUCCAUGAGAGCCGAUAGACCAUGGUACACGACUGAAAGGUUGUCAAUUACCAAGUUUACCUCAUCCAAGUUUGUUCUCAUAACCGAUGAGUUACGAAUGAAACCAAGCUAUGUUGUGGCACUCUUGUUAGAUAUUCCAUUACUCAAGAAGGAAUGGCUUAUUGAGUGUGCCAAACAGCAUCAAGUCAUUGAAGACUCACACAGCAUUGCCAAGUAUAUGCAUAAACGAGGAACCUAUGUCGCAGUUGGCACUGGAGAAAAGGUUGAGGUUCCUCAGAACUUGAAUGAAUCAUUUACAAUCAAGCCUUUACAACAACGACUAUUCUAUGAUUUUGUUAUUAAGAUCAUUUCGAGUGAUUCAAAAUUUACUGAAACGUGGAAAAAGAUUUUUGAGGCAGGAGGAGCCAAAGUGGAGGAUGAAGUUUCAGGACUCAUUGGUUUGCAAAAGAAUUUUGUACUUGUGAAAGAGCAUCAAGAUGUCACACAGGCCAGACUCGAUUUCUGUAACCAUCACAAAAUUCCCAUCAUUGAUAAGGAUGGAGUUCUUCAAUUAAUAAUAUCUGGAAAGGUAGAUUCGAUUCAAAAGAUUAGAAUUAAACAAGCGACACAAAAGACCAAGUCAUCACUCAAUACGAACACAUCCUUCAUCAAUACUACUAAUAUCACGCAGUCAUUGGACGACUCGAUUAUGUUACCUUGCACGCCACAGUAUAAAAAGAAGAAGAAGAAAGUGGUCAAUGUUGCAGCGGAAAGAGCUGUCAAAUGGUUUUCGAACGUACAAGCCGAAAAUCCCUGUGAUGUUAGCAUUAUUGACAUUAGGACUCCUUCAAGUGCAACUACAAACGCAGAGUUCUUCAAGAAAAAGAAGGGACUUUUUGAGAAUGCUGCUGCUGAAGCACAGCCUCGAGCAACCAUCACACACAACACUUCAUUCAUUGCAAAGAAGCAACCAAAACUGGACAAGUUAGACACGUCAUUUUCUCGCUCAAGAUUAGACAUGAGCAUUCUUCUUGCAUCAGAGGAUGCUUCUCCACCAGAACCUGCCGCACCUUUGACCCCUGGUGAUUAUUUUCUGAAAGAAGAAAGCUUAAAGCUUCAAAAGACACGCUUUGUUCGUCUCUCGAAACUGGCUUGUUCCAAACGAAAGCAUGACGUCACAGAAGACAUCUCUAAAAAUCAGCCGUGGCAAAUGGAGACUUUUUUCAUUGGCGACUUGGUGGCUGUACGAUCUGAAAACAUUUUUGAAAACUCGACACUAAAGUUCAUGAGAAUUGAUAAACUUCACUAUAAGGACAACGUCACAGAUGGAAAAGAAAUGCAAGGAACUGAAUAUGUACUCGAGGAAAAGUCUUCAAAGAAGCUUAUUCCAACUUGUCACUCGAUCAAAUUCAGUUUGUCUGCGAUCUGCUACAAGUUAGCAGUUGCAAAUAGCGAAGAGUCAGAAUCAACAACAACCUCGACCGAAAACAAGAAGAGGAAAAAAUCUCAACGAAAAGAAUUCUUUUGUGACUAUGCAGUUAAGAACCAGAAGAUAAAGCAAGUCACCGAUCCCUAUAUGAAAGAGUUACACAUUCUACCUAACGAUCAAGAGCUUCUCAAUGAAUUGGAAUUGAAGAGAGAAAAGAGAUCUGUGAAAAACUCAAUUCGAUUCAAGAAUCCACAAUACAUUCGCUUCUCGACCUUUGAUUUCAACGGCUCUACAUUCGAAGAAGGAACAUUCUUGCGACUAUUCACUCGAAAUGCAUUCUUAUCUUCCUCAAAUCAACCACGACACAAUGGAACGGUGAUCCGUGUCAAGGAGAUUAGGGAAGGCAAUAUUGCGCAAUUUGUGAAUACUCUCAACACAGCCAUGAUUGAUGGUUGUCAGCCAUGUCCAAUCGUGAGACCAAGUAUUUCUUCGUCUCUUGUUGUUGAGGUAUUUAAGAGUGUUCCUGAAAGGGAAAAGCUUUACACAUUUACUCAUGAAGUUGAGGAGAUUUUGUUUAGCCAGAUUUUGACAUUGGAACCUCUUAUGGCCAUUCAGAAAGGUGUUUUCGAUCCAUCCUUUGAUGUCAAAGCAUUGAUGAACGAAAUUGAUGUCAUUCUUAUUGAUGAAUAA